AAUCUGAUGCUGUGAGAGCAAUGUUGGCCACUCUGCUUAGGAAAUGGUCCUGUCUCUUUAAGUAAGCUUGCAGAAAUUCCUUGAACAUGCAUGUAGCCAUAAAAAAGAGAUAAAGCUUGAAGUCACCCACACAAACACAGGCAUUUUGAAUUAUACAGCAGCAGCUUCCUGUAUUUUACACCUGCGGAGGGGGAGGGAGGCUCAGCCUGCCCAGAACACAGAUCCUGGCUAGAAGAGCAAGAACAAGUUCCCUACAUCUCUGCUUUUAUUUUAUUUUUCAGUUAUUCCCUUCAUUGGUCUUACAUUUGUUGUUUCUAAUUAAGAAUGCUAUUGCAUAUCUUGUGUGUGGUGUGGUCGUCAUCUGUCUUUUUUCUGCAAGGCAGGUCUGUUCUCUGUAAGGACAUGAAGCUCCCCAGCAGGGCAGCCAAGCCCCCCUCUCCAUCGGACUUUCUGGACAAACUGAUGGGACGCACAUCUGGCUAUGACGCUCGCAUCCGACCCAACUUCAAAGGUCCCCCUAUCAACGUCACCUGUAACAUCUUCAUCAAUAGCUUCGGAUCCAUCACUGAAACAACUAUGGACUACCGGCUCAAUGUAUUUCUGCGACAGCAGUGGAAUGACCCUCGACUGGCAUAUAAGGAGUAUCCAGAUGACUCUCUGGACCUGGACCCCUCAAUGCUGGACUCCAUUUGGAAACCUGACCUGUUCUUUGCAAAUGAAAAGGGAGCAAACUUUCACGAGGUUACAACAGAUAACAAGCUGCUUCGGAUAUUCCAAAACGGAAAUGUCCUCUACAGCAUCAGGCUGACACUUACCCUCUCCUGUCCCAUGGAUCUAAAGAACUUCCCAAUGGACAGCCAGAAGUGUACGAUGCAGCUCGAAAGCUUUGGCUACACCAUGAAUGAUCUUAUUUUUGAAUGGCUGGAUGUGGGAGCAGUGCAGGUGGCUGAUGAUCUGAUGCUUCCUCAGUUUGUGCUGAAAGAGGAGAAAGGCCUAGGCUACUGCACCAAGCACUACAACACAGGUAAAUUCACCUGCAUUGAGGUCAAAUUCUACCUGGAGCGUCAAAUGGGCUACUACCUGAUUCAAAUGUACAUACCGAGCCUGCUCACCGUUAUCCUGUCCUGGGUGUCGUUCUGGAUCAACAUGGAUGCAGCCCCAGCCAGAGUGGGUCUGGGGAUCACUACGGUGCUUACCAUGACGACACAGAGCUCUGGCUCCAGGGCCUCUCUACCAAAGGUGUCCUAUGUGAAAGCCAUAGACAUCUGGAUGGCGGUGUGUCUUCUUUUUGUGUUUGCUGCACUACUGGAGUAUGCAGCCGUUAAUUUUGUUUCACGCCAGCACAAGGAGUUCUUCAGACUGAGGAAGAAGCUCAAAGAGCAACAUCGGCAGAGUACCCAGGGAAGCAGUGACAGUAAGGUGAAAGGAAAAAACACGUCAAGCAACAAUGCUCUUCAUGGGAACGUAGCCCCGCAGUGCACUGUCUGUGCCAGGGAGGAGGAGCUGGCACAGCAGGGAUUACUCUUUCAAAGUUUUGGACUUGCGCUGUCAACAGGAAGGGCACCAGAAAUGGAUGCAACACCAGUCUUUGCCGAUUUACCUCCUGGUUUAGGUUACUAUGAAAUCCGUAGGCGCUUUGUCGAUCAAGCAAAAAGGAUUGACACCAUCGCCCGAGCUCUUUUCCCCAUGAGUUUCCUAAUGUUUAAUGUCCUUUACUGGCUUACCUACAAAGUUUUACGACAUGAGGACCUUCUAGCUGCGCUGUGACAAGCCAAUAACAGAGGAACAUAAAGACAUGGGUACCUUGAAUUCCGCUGUCUUCACUGAAACAUUUACAGGCUGAGAGUCGUCAGCUGAGCCAUGUAAGAGCAUUGUGACUUCAUGUCCAGUCCAUGGCAUGGAAGAGUCCAUCCGUUUCUUUACAUUUUUAACACUUCCAAAGAAACACAAUUUUUUCUUAGCACUGCUGCUUUAUACAUCACACCUCAAUGUACUGUAUGUGUGUACAGUCAGCAUAUUAAGAAUAUCAACACACUUUUUUGGGUGGGGGGAUGUCUGUAUAUGUGAUGUGUAUGUUACUGUAGCCUCACUGUAGCACAUUCUUACCCAGGGUACAUUUUUUAUUGUAAAUGUAUUAAUGCCAGUGUCAAAAUAUCACUACAAGCAGGAUUCAUAUUUUGAAACAGUAGCAACUCUGAUAUGCUUUAUAAGCCUGGGAAAUAUAUUUACCAAAAAUAUUUUUUUUGUUUCUUUUCAGGCUGCAGAAAUCCAAGAUGGAAUUCUAUUUCUUUUGACAUGACUACUAUUAAUCUGUUUACAUUUUGAACCCUCCAAUAGGACGUCUGUAAUAAAGACUGAAAUAAUCUGUUUUUGAAACGUGUUUCAAUUUUAAAUUCAGGUAUUUAAUGCCUAAAUAAGAGAAGGAUACAUUGUCCAGAGAUUUUCACAUGCCACUAUGUUGAUAUAAUGACAUGGCUCACCUAUAGCCAAAUAUAUAUAGAAUAUCUUUUUUUUUAUCAUUAUUAAACCUUAACCGUCUUAGUUUAUACUGGACAGAGAAUAUCAAGGGUGCAUGAGAACAGUUAUCAUAACAUACUGAUGAACUUGUACUAAAUUAUGCUUUGGCCUGCACAAUGGGUGUUGUAUUGGUGUUUAACAAAGCCCAUCUAAAUUACACACUGAGAAAGAUUUUCCUGUUUGUUUGUUUUUUGGCACAAAUGUAUCCCUGAAUUUCUUUGUUGGUCAAUAUAAAAUAA